CAGUUCUACAGCUCACAGCUAUUUAAUUCAGUAAAAGUUCUUGCAUGAAAGCACGUUUUAAUUUUAGUGGUUUUCCUCGAGCCGAUUCAUUCUAAAGACUUGGGGAAAUGGCAAUAUCAAUGGCCAUGUCAGAGACGGAUAAAUUUAUGGAUAAAUUUGAUCCCGUCAAUUCGAAUAGAGAAAAGAGAAAGAAAAUGCGCACGCAACCAGGAAGCAGUGGCGAAAGUAACGCCAAUAGUGGUCGCGUGCAUGGCAACAAAAAAGACAAAAAGGCUCGUUGCCUCUACAAUGAAAAAGGGUUGCUGCUAUUUGAUGGAGCUGACCAAUGUGACUGUUUAAACGAGAACUGUCCUGGUUGUUUUUUUCCUUGCCCAAAAUGCAGAUCAGCCAAAUGUGGUUCUGAAUGCAGGAUAAAUCGGAGAUGGGUCUUGGAAACAAUUUCAGUUGAUGGAACUUCUGAAGUUAUAAAAAACCAGCAUCUUCCUCCUCAGUGAUCUUUUACAAAUACCUGAUAAGUAUAAGCUAUUUUGAAUUAACAUGUAUUACAUGUCUCGGAAUUCCCUUUUUAAAAAAUUGGUGUUCCUGCUUUAUGGCAUGCUGAAAUACCCACUAAUGGCUUACUAACUUAUGCCAUCAGCAAAGUUAAUGAAGCCAUUUUGGGCCAGGAGUGAAUGACACGUCACGUCAGACCUUCUGCAUUGAUGUAAUUAACUGACACAAUGGCGGAAGUAAGAUUGCCGAAAGAUCUUGAUUUGAUGGUCUACAGCACGCUGUAAUGGUUACUAACGGUACAAGUGUCUGGUGAGACAAUGAAGUACGUCGCACUCCAUCUCAGCCACACGACCGCCAUUCACUGUUCAGAUUUCAACAAGGAAUCGGUAUUUUCAAAUAGUAUACAGGAAUUGUAAACUAUUGAAAUAUCUUUCAUCCGCACAAGUGUCUAGCUGUUCUUUUUUCCAUAUUCCCUGUUUAAAUGAAAUAUCUGUUGUGCGCCUCACUGUGCUGGAAACCCAGAUGCCUAGCAUACAAAACCAAAAUUGAA